UUCACCAAAGUACAGCAUCAGUAAAAUUGUGAAAAGGUUUAGACGAAAACUUAGAGAGUGUGUAAACAGAUUUCGGUGUAACACCCCUUUUGGAAAAAGUAAAAAUGAAAUUCCUGAGCUUAUUCUUCAUUUUUGGUCUUCUGGCUGUUAUUGCCACAAUGGGCUCCAUGGUGGCAGCCGAUCCUUUGCCCAGUCCUCGUGGCCGUCCCCCUACAACAACCAAACGCCCCAAGGCCGACAACGAUGGCGAAGGAACUGGAGGUGAUCGACGCUAGCUAGAAUCCAUGGCGGAGCGAAGACAAACAGUGUCCUGUAGCAAGCCGCGCAAAAUCACCGAUACCAAGAUUACUGUUCACUGUUAUGGGCAAGAAAAUCUACAAACUGUUGAAAUAUUAUUUAAUAAAAAAUAAUUGAUAUCAAAGCUGUGGUUUUUAUGUUUAUUAAUAUUUUUCUUUUUUUUUAAUUUGUGGUGAUUGGUUAUUUUUUUCAUAUAAUUUACAUAAAUUAUUUCUAUUAUUGUUUACUGGGUAUGUGGGUGUUAGUUUUUGAUUAUUGGUUAGUUGUGAUUAUCUAAUUACUAAUUAAAAUAAAUAUGUAAUUAUAUAACAAACAUAUUGCAUCAUAGAUUGGGCUAGGUGCUAACGACAGUUGUUGUUAUGUCUGCAAUUUAUUUUCCAAAAUACAAAUUUACUAAAGGUCUCUGGGAAGAAAAAUUUUAACGCUAAAAAGUGUAAGCCUCAAGCAAAAUGCAGAACACAAUAAUUUACUGGGAAUUUAUUUCUAAGAAAUCG